AUGGCCAGUUCCAUCCGCAAAGUUCUUCGCAAAGCUUUGGCUUCGCUGGACCUCCCCAGUUCCUCAAAUGAGACUCCAGACGCUCACCAACGUCGAGCAGACGAGCAUGUGGUGACCAUUGUGCUUGACAGAGGUGUCAAAAGCAUCGCAGCAGUACAUGCCGUGAUGCUCGAAAGGUGUGCGUAUAACGCAUUUGAUGUCGGAGAGCCAGUGGAAAAGCUUCGAAGUUGGGUGGAAGUCUCUCGCCCCCCAGUCAUGAUUUCCAAUGCCGCUGUGUUAAAGCGCCUUGGUCUGACAGACAUUGCUGCGACUUUGGGAGACUUUCCUCGUAUUGUGCUGGAUGUGGACUUGGCUUUGAAGAAGGCAGACAGCAAAGCCAACAUGCCAUGCACUGCUAGGCAUGAUCAGGAUGACCUUGACAGAUUAGCCUACCUCAUUUUCACCAGUGGAUCUACUGGCAAGCCCAAGGCCGUGAUGAUCCGUCACAAGUCAGCCUUGAACGUGGUGCGCAUUUGGGGGAGGUAUGUUGGUCUUGGUCCCCAUGAUCGAUUUGCUCAGGUUGCUUCCAUGUCAUGGGAUGUGCACAUCAUUGAAGUCUAUGGCACAAUGUCAGCAAGAGCAACCAGUGUGACAUGCCCUGACAUGAUCAAAAAGUCUGGUCCUGACAUGCAGCUGUGGCUGAAGGAUCGAGAAAUCACUGGAAUGAGCGUGGUGCCAUCGCACCUGCGCACCAUGUCUGGUGGUGGAGCAGAUGUCUCAAGAACUCCCAGCGGACUUCCGCAUCUUCGAAUCCUGGACGUGGGAGGAGAGGCCUUGGGGGCAGAUGUGGUAUCGACUUGGGCCCCGGGUCGCCGCCUCUUCAACAGCUACGGACCCUCAGAAAUUUCGGUGGUCUGCACAGGUGCUUAUGUGAAUCCAGGUGACAUCAUUACGAUUGGCGCUGAACUGCCCACCUACACUUGCUACAUCUUGGACCCUGAGACACUUGACAUCAAGCCCGAUGGCGAGAGAGGUGUUUUGUUCGUGGGAGGGAUUGGUUUGGCUCGGGGCUACCUUGAAGAAGAAGAGAAGACCAAGGCCAAGUUCAUCGAGUUGCAAGGCAUUGGCCGUGUCUACAACACGGGAGAUCUGGCUUCGCGCGAUGAAUUGGGUCGGAUCCACUACCAUGGUCGAGUGGAUUGGCAGGUGAAAGUGCGUGGCAUUCGGAUUGAGUUGGAAGCCUUGGAGCAAGCCAUCGUAGAGUUGCCCACGGUGAAGCAUUGCGAGGCCCGUGUUCUGGACAAUGGCCAGCGCUUGGUUCUCUUGGCUUCUGGCCAGGGUGUUUCAGAGGCAGAACUGAAGCUGACAGCUGCAGCGCUGGGGCGUGGCUACGUUCUGAGCCAAGUGAAGAUUGUGGAGAAGGACGCGUGGAAGUUCAAUGCUUCUGGGAAGCUCCUGCGCAAUGUGGUUGCCUUGGAUGAGGAGAACUUGGAAGCUCCCAAGAAGGAUGGUUGGGAAGCCUUCGACAAGACCGGAGUGUCGGAUUUGGAGCUGGAAAUCGCAGCAUGUCUAGCUCCACAGCUGAGUGUUGAUGAGUGGAACCGAGAUUCGCAUUUCAUGGAGGAUCUUGGUGUUGACUCUGGAGGCUUUGGACGGCUGAUCUCCCAAAUGAGAUCUAAGCCCAGCUUGCAGAAGAUCGAUCUGCAGAUGCUCUUUGAACAUCCGACUGUUCGAUCCUUGGCAGCUUGCCUUUCUGAGCAGUCUGCAGACUCUGAUUUAGAGGAAGAAGUGAUUCUAGAAACGGACACUUUGCUGGAUUCCUUCCUUGAGGUCGUGAAGGAACACCCACAUGCCAUUUGCCUGGAGGUGAACCAACAGUCCAUGAGCUACUUGCAGCUGCAGCGGCAGAUGAUGGCAUAUCAACGUCUGCUGCAUCAAGCAAAACCCUCCAAGGGUAGCACCGACUCCAUGGACCAGAUGGGUGCCAUGUUGGGAGUUCUCCGUGAAGGAUGUGUCUUCAGCCUUCUCGGAGAGGACUUUGCUGAACAGAUCAGGGCUUUGAAGCCUGAUUUCAUUUUGGCACGCUCAGAUGAAAAGACCUGGGCGCAGCUUGCGGAGAUCUGUGAUUCUUCCAAUUCUUCCCAUUCUUCCAAUGGAAAGUGCAGUCUGGUCGACGCGAGUUCUGUGAACUCCCUACUUUCACAGCCUCCCAAGGCAAGAAGAGUAGUGCAAGCUGACGACGUGUGCUGCGUUGCUGUGGAGGUUCAUGGAGGAGUGCGAAGUGCAGUGCCUGCAUCGCACACGACCAUGUUGCAGGCACUCUCUGCUUGGCAUCCCCAUGUGCAAGGAGCACGGAUUUCCAACAUGACCAAGACAGGCACUGCAGGUGAUUUCCUAAGCACUUGGAGCAUUUUCUUUGCAGCGGCUGCACUCGUGGUCUGCGAUCCUGAGCAAGUGCCACAGGUUCGAACUGAGCUGCUGAUCUGUGAGCACGAUAGCAUUCCAGGCCGUGUUGCCAGACAGGCCAAGGUCUUACAGCUUCCAGCAGAGGGUGGUUUCACGAAACUUCCUGAGGCCUUGCCCAAGUUUGGUCGUGCUGGCAGUGCGGAAAGCUUUCGUUCAAGAUUUCUUCGAUCUUCAUCCUUGCUGUCGUUGGCGUCAUCUCUGGCUCCCUAUGUCCUUGGACAAAGCAAAGCAGAGGAAACCGAGAGCUUUGGCGAACACAGCUGGCCCAAGUUAUGUGGCACAGUACAAGGCUUGGCCAUUUUGGGGCAGCCUGUCUUUGUGGCAGCUCGCCUGUUGCUGGCUGAAAGGGUGAUGCUGCCACUGGCCUUCAUCCUACCUUUGUGGCAAAUCUUCCUUUUGCUUGUGGCCGUUCUGACGAUGGAGCAGUUCGUUCGGGUGUUCAUCCUGGUUGCUGUGAAGUGGGUGCUGAUUGGUCGCUACAAGGAAGGUGAUCAUGACAUUUACAGCUUGUUCUAUUUGCGUCACUGGUUGGUGGAACACAUGGCAAAAGGUACCCUUGUUGGGCAAAACGCACAUCAGGGAAGCAGCAUCGCUUUCCUGUUUUUGCGCAACCUCGCCUUGAGGGCUCUUGGUGCUGAUGUUCGAUUGACUUCCGUAGUGACUGCUCGUGUGGUGGCCUAUGACCUCGUUUCAGUGGGCGACAUGGCAACAGUUCAUGGUCCUCGACAUUUGACAGCUGUGAACUAUGGCAGCAGGCGCAUGGUUCUGAAGGCUGUGAAGGUUGGUGCCGGUGCCUAUGUGGGCCCCAACUGUACCUUGGAACCUGGCUGUGAGAUUGCUCCUGCUGGCUAUGUGGAGCCCUUGUCAGCUGUUUCUUCCGACAUGGUGGUGGACAGCCGAGUUUGUGGCGUUCCAGCACAAGUGGUGGGCCCGAAAGACUUGAGUCGGUUGCCGGAAGCUGCAGAAGUUCGCAGCUUCCGAACUCGUGCUGCCUGGUUUGCCAUGGGAUAUUGGAUGCUGCUCAUCCCCAAAGCUUUGAUGCCGUUCAUCGGAGUCAUUGCUUUCCAACUGCUGAGUUUGUAUCCUUGGGAUCAUCAGGAGGUUGUGAAAGAAAAGCACAUGUAUCCGGAACAUGUGGACGUGCUGCCCACCGAACUGUUGGACCAGCUCAAAUGGAUUCCACUCAUUGCCUUUGGAGUUUCCAUGUUGAACACGGUGCCGCGCUCAGUUGGAAGAUGUCACUUUGGUUUCCUUGAAUUCUUGCCGCGCAGCAGUGGCUUUGGCAUGGCAUGCUUCACUGAGAAUUGA